AUGUCCACGGAGCCCGAAAACGCUGAGCCGAGUGACGCGAAGCCGACUUUAGUGGCCGAGACAUCCUCGAGUGGUCCGUCACGAGAGGCUUCUUGGGACAAUCUGCCUGCAAUGACGCCUGAAUAUUUCAACUUGGCACUCGCCUUCUUCAUCUUCCUGCUGCGCUACCCCUCCGUCUUCUGGUACACCAAUCGACCGUUUGCUUUUCUCUUCUCCUUUCUUCUCUUGCUCGCCAGCCUCCAGGCGUUGACUGAGUUCAGCGCUGCCGGAGUACUCGUCAAACUCGCCUGGAACCACCAUCUUCUCGCCGACAGCACGGCCGCCAGCGGAGCAAAUCUCGCCGCUGUCCUCUCCGGACCCAACGGUCGUUGGCGUCAACAAGUGUCGUCCAUCACCGGCGGCGUCAACGGUAACGCAAGAUUCAAGACCAACUCUGUAGGCCGUGAGGUGGACCCGACCGGAUUCAGCCUUCUUGAGCCCGGACUUGAGCCAGAAGCCGUCGAAUUGGCCAACUUCUCGGCUCUGCUGCUCUCCAGCUUCGGCAGCCUUGUUAUGUUUGGCCUGUUUGUCGGCGUCUUCGAGUACGGCUACAGCCAGUUCUUGAUGGGCGUCUCGUCCUACAAGACGAACUAUUUUGCCGGACACGACGCCGUCCAGGGCUCAAUUGACCCCGGCGCCGCAACUGCCUCCGGGUUCGUGGACGCCGUGGAGCGAAGCGCCAGCAGCCCUGGCCUAGCGGGUAUGCUAGCCGGAGGUCUCGACUCUGAAGUCGUCGGCCCUGGCUUCCGAGGCACAACCGGCCUCGGUCUUAGUCUCGGCGUCGGCAGCAACGGUGCCGAGGCUGGCUCGGCCGGCUCGGCCGGCGGCCUAUCAACACGGCCUGGAGUGUCUCGACUUUGCGGCCAGUCGACGCACAAACGGUACGGUCUGAGGAGGCUGAAGACUGCCAGUUGCACUCUUUAUGGCAUUGAGUCUCUGGGCGCCUGGUGCUCGAAUCUCGGCCUCCUCUUCCUCACUGUCGGCCUGGCCACUCUGGCCAUGCUCAGCUUGAAGGUACCAGUAGCCUGGACCUGCCUGCGCGUCUACUGGGCCAGUCGGAACGGUCUGAUGCUUGCCAGUCUCUUGGUUUCGGCCACUUUUGCAGUCGCCUGGGCGACCAGUUGGUUCGCUUUCGGAUUGAAGCCGACUUGGCGAUUUAAGCUGAUUGUGGCACCUCUCCCUGAUGAUGCCGGCGAGAUGUUUGGGAAUGUACCAAGUCAAUGGUCCGAUGCUGGAAAUCAGGAAUACUAUGGCAGAGGACUUAUAACUAGACACGUUCCACAAGGUCUCGCUGGUAUUCCAAGCAAGUUACGAAAACGAGGUCAAAUCAAUAUUAUAAAGCUAAAGUAG